CCCGAGGUGCAGCGAGCCCGUCAGAGCAGCAGAGUUGUGUGCUAGAAUAGCAUAACCAUGUUUCGGAAUAGUCUCAAGAUGCUUCUUACUGGUGGGAAAUCAAGUCGUAAAAACAGAUCAAGUGAUGGAGGGAGCGAGGAACCACCGGAUCGGAGACAGUCAAGUGUAGACUCUCGCCAAAGCCGCUCUGGGCAAGGUGGCAUCUCCACAGAAAGCGACUGUGCUUUUGAGCCAGACUACGCUGUCCCACCACUUCCAGUGAGUGAAGGUGAUACUGAACAGGAACUUGGCCCCCCUCCAUCUGUAGAUGAAGCAGCAAACACACUCAUGACUCGUCUGGGUUUCCUCCUUGGAGAGAAAGUCACAGAAGUUCAGCCAGGGGACCAAUACAGCAUGGAAGUACAGGAUGAAAAUCAGACCUCAGCAAUCACCCAGCGGAUAAGUCCCUGUUCCACCCUGACUAGCAGUACUGCCUCUCCACCAGCCAGUAGCCCCUGCUCUACCCUCCCACCAGUCAGUACAACUGCAACUGCCAAGGAUUGCAGCUAUGGGGCUGUUACUAGUCCAACCUCCACACUUGAAAGCAGAGAUAGUGGCAUCAUUGCUACCUUGACAAGUUAUUCUGAAAAUGUGGAACGCACAAAAUAUGUUGGGGAAAGCAGUAAGGAAUUAGGAUCUGGAGGAAACCUGAAACCGUGGCAGUCUCAAAAAUCCAGCAUGGACUCCUGUUUGUAUCGAGUGGAUGAAAACAUAACUGCUUCCACUUAUAGUCUGAAUAAGAUCCCAGAGAGGAAUUUGGAAACAGUUCUGUCUCAGUCGGUACAAUCAAUUCCUUUGUAUCUUAUGCCACGGCCAAAUUCAGUAGCAGCUACCAGCUCUGCCCACUUGGAGGACCUUGCUUACCUGGAUGAACAGAGACAUACACCUUUGAGAACUUCUCUUCGAAUGCCAAGACAGAGUAUGGGCGGCGUUCGCACACAGCAGGAUUUAAGAGUUCGCUUUGCACCUUAUAGGCCUCCAGAUAUCUCCCUGAAGCCUCUGCUCUUUGAAGUACCCAGCAUCACUACAGAGUCUGUGUUUGUUGGCCGGGAUUGGGUUUUCCAUGAAAUAGAUGCUCAACUUCAAAGUUCAAAUGCCAGCGUGAACCAAGGAGUAGUGAUUGUGGGAAACAUUGGGUUUGGCAAAACUGCCAUCAUCUCCAGACUGGUGGCCCUCAGCUGCCAUGGUACAAGGAUGAGACAGAUCGCCUCAGACAGCCCACAUGCCUCCCCCAAACAUGUGGAUGCCAACAGAGAGCUCCCACUCACACAGCCACCUUCAGCCCACUCAUCUAUCACCAGUGGCAGCUGCCCAGGAACACCUGAAAUGCGCAGGCGGCAAGAGGAGGCCAUGCGAAGACUAGCUUCACAGGUGGUUGCCUAUCACUAUUGCCAAGCAGAUAAUGCCUAUACCUGUCUGGUACCAGAAUUCGUCCACAAUGUUGCUGCCCUGCUCUGCCGCUCACCUCAGCUGACAGCCUAUCGGGAGCAACUUCUUCGGGAGCCUCACCUGCAGAGCAUGCUGAGCCUGCGGUCCUGUGUUCAAGACCCCAUGGCCUCUUUCCGGAGGGGUGUCCUGGAGCCCCUGGAGAAUCUCCACAAAGAGAGAAAAAUACCAGAUGAAGAUUUCAUCAUUUUAAUUGAUGGAUUAAAUGAAGCAGAAUUUCACAAACCGGAUUAUGGGGAUACAAUUGUAUCAUUUCUGAGUAAAAUGAUUGGAAAAUUUCCUUCUUGGCUCAAACUAAUUGUAACAGUUAGGACCAGUUUACAGGAAAUUACCAAGCUGCUGCCUUUCCAUAGAAUUUUUUUGGAUCGCCUAGAAGAGAAUGAAGCCAUAGACCAGGACCUGCAGGCUUAUAUCCUGCACCGGAUACACAGCAGCUCAGAGAUCCAGAAUAACAUUUCACUAAAUGGCAAAAUGGACAACACUACCUUUGGCAAACUCAGUUCUCAUCUCAAGACCCUCAGUCAAGGGUCCUAUCUAUACCUGAAACUCACAUUUGACCUUAUAGAAAAAGGCUAUCUAGUGUUAAAGAGCUCUAGCUACAAAGUAGUUCCCGUUUCGCUCUCAGAGGUUUAUUUACUCCAGUGCAAUAUGAAGUUCCCAACCCAGUCUUCCUUUGACCGAGUAAUGCCUCUCCUGAAUGUGGCAGUGGCCUCUCUCCACCCACUGACUGAUGAGCAUAUCUUCCAGGCCAUCAAUGCUGGUAGCAUUGAAGGCACACUAGAAUGGGAGGAUUUUCAGCAGAGAAUGGAGAACCUAUCCAUGUUCCUAAUCAAGCGCAGAGACAUGACUCGUAUGUUUGUACAUCCUUCUUUCCGAGAAUGGCUUAUCUGGAGAGAAGAAGGAGAGAAAACCAAAUUUCUGUGUGAUCCCAGGAGUGGUCACACAUUACUUGCCUUCUGGUUUUCCCGCCAAGAGGGAAAACUAAACCGACAGCAGACUAUUGAACUGGGACAUCACAUCCUCAAAGCACACAUUUUUAAGGGUUUGAGUAAAAAAGUUGGUGUAUCAUCUUCUAUCCUCCAAGGUCUCUGGAUCUCCUAUAGCACAGAAGGUCUUUCCAUGGCAUUGGCAUCUUUACGAAAUCUUUACACUCCAAAUAUAAAGGUCAGCCGAUUGCUCAUUUUGGGAGGUGCCAAUAUUAAUUACCGGACAGAGGUUUUAAAUAAUGCUCCAAUUCUAUGCGUCCAGUCUCAUCUUGGUUACACAGAAAUGGUGGCCCUGCUGUUAGAGUUUGGAGCCAACGUGGAUGCCUCUUCUGAAAGUGGCCUGACUCCUCUAGGAUAUGCCGCAGCAGCAGGGUACCUGAGCAUUGUGGUACUACUGUGCAAGAAACGGGCCAAGGUGGAUCACUUGGAUAAGAAUGGGCAGUGUGCUUUGGUUCAUGCUGCACUUCGAGGUCAUCUGGAGGUUGUCAAGUUUUUGAUUCAGUGUGACUGGACAAUGGCUGGCCAACAGCAAGGAGUAUUUAAGAAGAGCCAUGCCAUCCAACAGGCCCUCAUUGCUGCAGCCAGCAUGGGUUACACUGAGAUUGUUUCCUACCUACUUGAUCUUCCAGAAAAAGAUGAAGAGGAAGUGGAACGAGCACAGAUCAACAGCUUCGACAGUCUCUGGGGAGAGACAGCCCUAACAGCUGCAGCGGGAAGGGGCAAACUGGAGGUGUGCCGUCUGCUCUUGGAACAAGGGGCAGCAGUGGCCCAGCCAAACCGCCGAGGGGCAGUGCCCCUGUUCAGCACUGUUCGUCAGGGCCACUGGCAGAUUGUUGAUCUUUUACUCACCCAUGGAGCUGAUGUCAACAUGGCAGACAAGCAGGGCCGUACUCCUUUAAUGAUGGCUGCUUCCGAAGGCCAUCUAGGGACUGUGGACUUUCUGCUUGCACAAGGUGCCUCCAUUGCUCUUAUGGACAAAGAAGGAUUGACAGCCCUCAGCUGGGCUUGUUUGAAGGGCCAUCUCUCAGUAGUACGUUCUCUGGUGGACAAUGGAGCUGCCACAGACCAUGCUGACAAAAAUGGCCGUACUCCUCUGGAUCUGGCAGCUUUCUAUGGUGAUGCCGAGGUGGUCCAGUUCCUGGUAGAUCAUGGAGCCAUGAUCGAGCAUGUUGACUACAGCGGAAUGCGCCCUUUGGAUAGGGCAGUCGGAUGCCGAAACACUUCUGUCGUUGUCACUCUUCUGAAGAAAGGAGCCAAGAUAGGUCCAGCCACAUGGGCGAUGGCCACCUCCAAACCAGACAUCAUGAUCAUCCUGUUGAGCAAGCUGAUGGAAGAGGGGGACAUGUUUUAUAAGAAAGGUAAAGUAAAGGAAGCUGCCCAGCGCUACCAGUACGCUCUGAAGAAGUUCCCUAGAGAAGGGUUUGGUGAGGACUUGAAAACCUUCCGGGAACUAAAGGUGUCUCUCCUCCUCAACCUCUCUCGAUGUCGCAGGAAAAUGAACGAUUUUGGAAUGGCGGAGGAAUUUGCUACUAAGGCCCUGGAGCUGAAACCGAAAUCUUAUGAAGCUUACUAUGCGAGAGCAAGGGCAAAGCGCAGCAGCAGACAGUUUGCAGCAGCCUUAGAGGACCUGAACGAGGCCAUCAAGCUAUGUCCAAACAACCGUGAGAUCCAGAGACUUCUGAUGAGGGUGGAAGAAGAGUGCAGACAGAUGCAGCAGCCACCGCAGCCACCACAGCCGCCGCAGCCACCACAGCCGCAGCCUCCAGAGGAGCUCCCAGAAGAAACCGAACCUGAGCCGCAGCAUGAGGAUAUAUACUCUGUACAAGAUAUAUUUGAGGAGGAGUACCUGGAACAGGAUGUUGAAAAUGUUUCUAUUGGCCUGCAGACAGAGGCUCGGCCCAGUCAGGGGCUCCCAAUAAUCCAGAGCCCUCCAUCCUCUCCAGCCCAUCGGGACUCAGCCUACAUCUCUAGCUCACCUCUUGGCUCUCAUCAGGUUUUUGACUUCCGCUCCAGUAGUUCUGUAGGUUCUCCCACUAGGCAGAGCUACCAGUCCACCUCCCCUGCUCUUUCCCCAACGCAUCAGAACUCUCAUUACAGGCCUAGUCCACCACAUACUUCCCCAGCUCAUCAGAGUGGGUCUUACCGUUUCAGCCCCCCUCCUGUGGGAGGGCAGAGCAAAGAAUACCCAAGCCCUCCCCCUUCUCCUCUCCGUAGAGGCCCUCAGUAUCGGGCCAGCCCUCCAGCUGAAAGCAUGAGUGUCUAUAGAGCCCAGUCCGGUUCACCUGUACGCUAUCAGCAAGAAGCAAAUGUCAGUCAACUUCCUGGCAGACCUAAAUCUCCACUAUCCAAAAUGACUCAGCGGCCCUACCAGAUGCCUCAGCUCCCUGUGGCGGUUCCCCAGCAAGGGCUCAGGCUACAGCCCGCCAAGGCCCAGAUUGUGAGAAGUAACCAGCCCAGCUCAGCAGUUCAUUCAAGCACCAUAAUUCCCACAGGAGCCUAUGGCCAGGUAGCCCAUUCAAUGGGUGGCAAAUACCAGUCUUCACAAGGAGACAUAGGAGUAAGUCAGAGCCGAUUGGUUUAUCAAGGGUCAAUUGGGGGAAUUGUAGGAGAUGGGAGACCAGUGCAGCAUGUCCAAGCCAGCCUGAGUGCAGGGGCCAUCUGUCAGCAUGGAGGGUUGACCAAAGAAGACCUUCCACAGCGACCUUCCUCAGCAUAUCGAGGUGGAGUGAGAUACAGCCAGACACCACAGAUUGGGCGUAGCCAGUCAGCAUCCUAUUACCCAGUCUGUCACUCAAAACUAGAUCUGGAGCGGUCCUCCAGCCAACUAGGUUCCCCUGAUGUCUCACAUUUAAUCAGGAGACCUAUCAGUGUCAACCCUAAUGAAAUCAAGCCCCACCCACCAACUCCCAGGCCACUGCUGCACUCCCAAAGUGUAGGCCUUCGAUUCUCCCCAUCCAGCAAUAGUAUCUCAUCCACCUCCAACCUCGCUCCUUCCUUCCGGCCAUCUUCCUCAAUUCAACAAAUGGAGAUCCCACUGAAACCGGCAUAUGAUAGGUCAUGUGAUGAGCUGUCACCAGUGUCUCCCACUCAAGGAGGUUACCCCAGUGAGCCCACCCGAUCCAGGACCACACCAUUCAUGGGGAUCAUAGAUAAAACAGCCCGGACUCAGCAGUACCCCCACCUUCACCAGCAGAAUCGGACCUGGGCAGUGUCAUCAGUGGAUACCGUUCUCAGUCCCACAUCUCCAGGCAACCUGCCUCAGCCUGAGUCCUUCAGUCCACCAUCAUCCAUCAGCAACAUUGCCUUUUAUAACAAAACCAACAAUGCACAGAAUGGCCAUUUGCUGGAGGACGAUUAUUACAGCCCCCAUGGGAUGCUGGCUAAUGGGUCUCGUGGAGACCUCUUGGAGAGAGUCAGCCAGGCCUCCUCCUAUCCAGAUGUAAAGGUGGCUCGGACCCUACCUGUGGCUCAGGCAUACCAGGACAACCUUUAUAGGCAGUUGUCCCGAGACUCUCGACAAGGGCAGACAUCCCCUAUCAAACCAAAGAGACCAUUUGUGGAGUCUAAUGUUUAA